GCUGGCCACAGUUUUCAUAGCCUCCCCUCGGCUCUGCCCCUCACAGUCUGCUGUCUAUAUCGAGGCACAGGCCAGCCCAGCUCACAAAGGCUAAACGAGGUGCAGCCCCACUGCCACCAUGCCGGAAGUGUAAAGAAAACCCAAGAUCACUGCGUCCCGGAAACUUCUGCUGAAGAGCCUGAUGCUGGCCAAGGCUAAGGAAUGCUGGGAGCAGGAGAACGAGGAGCGCGAGGCUGAGAAGGUGCGCUACCUGGCUGAGCGCAUCCCCACGCUGCAGACGCGGGGCCUGUCUCUCAGCGCCCUGCAGGACCUGUGCCGGGAGCUGCAUGCCAAGGUGGAGGUGGUGGAUGAAGAGCGGUAUGACAUUGAGGCCAAGUGCCUUCACAACACCAGAGAGAUUAAGGACCUGAAGCUGAAGGUAAUGGACCUCCGAGGGAAGUUCAAACGCCCACCCCUCCGCCGGGUCCGUGUCUCAGCUGACGCCAUGCUCCGGGCCCUGCUGGGCUCCAAGCACAAGGUGUCCAUGGAUCUGCGGGCCAACCUCAAAUCUGUGAAGAAGGAAGACACCGAGAAGGAGCGACCUGUAGAAGUGGGUGACUGGAGGAAGAAUGUGGAGGCCAUGUCCGGGAUGGAAGGCCGGAAGAAGAUGUUUGAUGCUGCCAAGUCUCCAACCUCACAGUAGAGAAAAGCCUACUGUGCUGUGCUGUGGGCUCUGGCUUCAUCCUUUUUCCUCCAGCCCGGCUCACCCAGCACCCUGCGCCAUAUCCCCAUCUGGAGCAGCCCUCCCUGGCCCCACCUCUUCCCUCCAGCCUGCUCACUCUCCUCUGGAACCAGGAUGCAACAGGCACACAGGAGAAAAGUGGACGCCAGUGUCUGAAGCCCUCACCCCAGACGGUGGGACUCCAGUCACUUUCAAGCUCUUGUGGUUUCCCAGCCAUCCCCCCAUGGCAUGACAAGCAGAGGAUGAGGAGGCAGUGGGCACACCUUUCCUCCAGCCUGUGCCAAGUCCCUUUGCUGUCUCUCCAUUAAAAACCCAGCGUCCUGGUCCUUUCUGGA